AUGUACCUAAAUUUGCGCAAACCUAUUACAAAGCAUCGGUAUGGGAAGGCCAAAGUCCUAAAUCAGACAUCAUACAGGUUGGUUGUACAAGCUGCUGAUAAAGGAAAGCCCAGACUUUCUGCUACAAGUAUUGUGAGGAUACAAGUGUUAGAUGUUAAUGACAAUGCUCCAGUUGUCCAGCCACUACAUGAAGUGGAGGUCCCAGAAAAUGCCCUGCCUGGUUUUAUAGUGACUCAGGUGUCAGCAAGUGAUGCGGACUCCAGGCCAGCACUUCAGUUUGGUUUUAUUUAUGAUGAUAGUCUUGGAAUGAAAUUUUCCAUCGAUCAACACACUGGUAUAGUCACAGUGGUGGAACCAUUAGAUUUUGAAGAAACUACUGUGUAUAAACUGAGAAUCGUAGUUUCAGAUUCUGUACAUCAAACAGAAGCAGAACUCACCAUCCUGGUUUUGGACGUCAAUGAUAACCCACCAGUGUUUACUCAGGAUUUGUAUCAGGUGAGCUUACCAGAACUCAGUUCUAUGGAUGCCACUGUUCUGACAGUCUCUGCUGUGGAUAGGGACUCGGAGGAUAAUGGAAUGAUUUCCUACAAAAUUCUUUCUUCCUCUGAGGGAUUCACCAUCGAUCACAAGAAUGGUUCAGUGUUUGCUACAGGACCAGUGAUAGAGCUGGAAAAGAUUCCCGUUAUCCAGCUCCUAAUAGAAGCCACGGACAGUGGCAGUCCUGCUUUGAGUGCAGUGACCUCUGUCGAGGUGCACGUAGAAGAUGUAAAUAACUAUGCCCCUCAGUUCACAAGGGUGCUGUACAAUCUCAGUGUGAGCGAGGAUGCCUCGGUUGGAGAAAGCAUCCUCACGUUUUCAGCCAUCGACUAUGAUUGGACACAUGAAAACACGUAUGUUGAAUACUCUAUUAUUGAUGGGAAUUCUGACAGUUUAUUCUCUGUUGAAACAACUGUCGUGGAGUCAGAAACAUCCUACAAGCUUGUUGGCAAUCUUGUUUUGAGCAAUGUUCUCGACAGGGAAACGGCUUCUUCUCACUGUUUGGUCCUCCUCGCCUCUGAUCGUGGAACGCCCUCCCUGAAUUCAACUGCUACUGUGCUUAUAACUGUACUGGAUGUUAAUGAUAAUCCUCCAGUAUUUAGCAGCCCGGAGUACCAUAUUCAUGUCAAAGAAAGCAUCCCUGUAGGUAGUCACGUCACUGAAGUUUCAGCAAAUGACUGUGAUGCAGGCACUAAUGCAGAGAUCACUUAUGCUAUCAUCUCUGGAAAUGACAGGGGACAUUUUCGCUUGGAUAGGAAAAUGGGAUCAGUGGAUUUGAUGAAAACGCUGGAUUAUGAGGAUACCAUGAAAUUCACUUUGAUCAUUCAGGCCACAGAUGGAGGAGCUGAUGUAAAAAACGUGGCUUUUUCUGUUGUCCUUGUCAGCGUCCUAGAUGACAAUGACUAUGCCCCACUGUUUUUGUUUCCCAGCCUGAGCUGCUUUGUCAGUGAAAAUCUGCCUACCUUUUCCUUUGUGUGUGCUGUUAAUGCACUGGAUUUUGAUAAAGGCCCCUAUGGCCACCUUACCUACUCCAUUCAGUCUUCGUGUUUGGCUCAUCGUGAAGCUCCUAGAGACCAUGACAUGUUCUUCAUCGAUCCUCUGACAGGAGAUAUUCAUACAAAGCAAAUGUUUGACUACGAAAGUCAGAAUAAGUACUGUCUCAUAGUCCAAGCAAAAGACAAGGGUGACUCACUGGCCACUGUUACAGUUCAGGUAGAUAUUGAAGGGAGAGAUGAAUUUGAGCCCGUGUUUACUCAAGAUCAGUAUUUCUUUGAUCUUCCUGACAAGAACGAAGCAGGCCAGUUGCUUGGCAGAGUGACAGCAUCAGACAGCGAUGGUGGACUGGAUGGAGUUGUUCAUUACUCCCUGCUAAAAACUUCUCCCUUUUUUUCCGUGAAUCAAACCAGUGGCAGUAUUUAUUUGACUCAACCUGUUCACAGAAAGAAAAAUGGCAGCAAAAAGAAUGAUGACACCCUGGAAUUGUUGUUAAGAGCUCAUAGCCCCAGAAUUGAGUCAAAGUUCACAGUAUGCACUGUUUUGGUAAAUGUUUCCAAUUCUCCUGAGAGUUAUCCCAUAGUGUCAGCAUACAGCCUGACCAUUAGCGUUUCGGUCUCCUUGAUAGUGUUCCUUCUGCUUGCGGUCAGUCUUACUGCGCUUAUUCUGAGACAUAAGUGGAAAGAUCUGAUGAACUCGUGUGUGAAAAAAGAAGCAGUAUCCUCCUCAGCCACUGGUGCAAAUUCAGCCAGCGAAGAUAAGGACUGCCAGAAAAUCCAAAGUACUGAGAGUAGUAUGCUUCCCGUGGGUGCCAUAGCAGAAUGGCUGAGCUUGGCAGGAAUCAAAGAGGGGAAGAACAAUGGUGCCCCCUGCAGGCAUUCAGACUCCAGUGGCCACGGUUCUGCCGAAGGAGAAACAGCAGAGGACGAGGAAAUCAAAAGGAUCAAUGAGCAUCCUUGCAGAAAGAGCGCCGGCUCGGCACUGAGUGAGCGCGGCUCACGGGUGCCAGAUUCGGGGAUCCCAAGAGAGUCUGAUCAGCUCUCCUGUCAGUCCGGAGAAACAGAUGUCGUGGCUACCACACAAAGCAUGGAGAGCGUGCGGGCCGUUAAAGGAGAAGGUGGAGAAGCAGCCUGUGAAACGGCUUAUGCACAUAACAAAAUGUUGUCUCAAACAUUUAAGAAAAUCGAAAUAAAAGAGAAAGAUGUAAUGAUAGACCUCACAAGAGAAUAUGUUUGGAUGUCGGAUAGGCAGGACUCUGGGUAUGAUUUGCUUGCAACUCUUGGCACCUCUGAUCAGGAUCUCAGAGGUGGUUAUAACUGGGAUUAUGUGCUCAGCUGGGAACCAAGAUUUCAACCUCUUGCCUCAGUGUUUAAUGAUAUUGCAAAACUGAAAGAUGAAAACGUACACAUUCAUAGCUUUCCUAAGGAUAAAGAAUCUCUUGUUUUUCCUCCUCCCUUGAUAACAUCAGUAGCUCAGCCUGGCAUAAGGACAGUGCCACCACGAAUGCCAAAUACAAUAUCAGGGCAAGCAUUUAAAAACUACCCUCGUUCUCCUCUUAUCCAUAAUCUGGGAUACCCUCCACCAACCAUGACCCCCAGUUUUUCUCCUUCUCUCUCUUUACUUACCAUGCAGACACCUACUGCUUCUCCGGUAAUGUCUGAUGGGAGAAUGAUAGGAACAUGUCUUAUUGAUCCAAGCCAUGAACUUGCAGCAGAGGAAGAAAUUCAGGUCUAG